GAGCUUUCCCCAGAAACAAUGGGCAUAUUUAUUUAUUUCCUGAUAAUCAUUAUGCUAUAGUUUAGUGGAAAAUGCAGCAGAUGACACUAGCUGUCACGUGUGCCAACAGUAACUGAAUUAUUUUAUUAGGAUAUAUAAAAGGAAGUAGAACGUUUAUACGCGGAUAAAAUAUCUGAUUGAACAGAAAACGUCCUAGCUUUGUAUUGUAUUAUGGAUGUUUUCUUCAACUAACACGUUCUUUGGUGCCAAUUGAAGUGGACAAUAUUGCAAACUGGAAUUAUCAAUUAAAGCUUUUAUCAUGUAUCGUUAUGUUUAAGUGAUUUUAUUACUUUCGUUAAAUGGGGAUAGAACUUCAAAUUGGGAUAUGGCAAUAAAGGAAGAUUGCGUGGAAUGUGUAAAUUUCGAGUUUAGGGCUGAAAGUCUCGGAUUAAAUCAUGAAGAGCCGAAAGUUUUUGUUCAGUCGCAGUGGCCUGUCAGCCAGAAAGUAUACGUUACAUACCGGAUUGUUGUGGCACUUGGGUUUAUUGUAUGGUUUGCAGCAGACUGUGUGUACGAGACUCGAACCUUCUUUAAAGAGCACACAUAUACCUACUUGAUAUAUGCAACCAAUUGGAGUUUCUUGCUACUGACCUUCACCGCACUUUACAAAGCCACAUGCGCAGUAUAUUAUUCUGUGAGGUCAGGAGAAUGUCUGGAUCGACAAAGUUUUGAUCGAAUGCCUACAGCGCUGAAAGGCCAGUGGCUGCUACAGAAUCUUAGUUACAACUCAGCUAUCGUGGUCACAGCCUCGUUCUGGUCAUACAUCGGUGUGCUUGAAAAAUCAGCCAUAAUGCAGACUCACAUGAGUCAGAUGAAACAUACAUUGAACACAGUAUAUGCGGUCGUCGAUGUCCUCAUUUCGGCAACACCAUUCCGCAUAUUACAUCUUCUAUAUACGGUUGUCCUCGGUUCCGUGUACUCACUGUUCAACGCCAUCUACUUCCUGAAUGACGGAACGAUAAUGGAGGGCCGCCAUUAUGCUUACAAUCUUUUGGAUUGGAGUAAACCAUCCGAAUCAAUCGUUACUUGUGUUUUAUGUGUGGUGAUGUGUAUAUUCGCGCAAAUUGUACUAUAUGAACUUUAUAAAAUCAGAUUAAGUAUUUUUACAAGAAUAUAUUUCGGUCCAGACGGUAAACCGGAUUCUGAAAUGCAAAGGAUUAUGGGAGAAACAGAUGCUCCGGCUUAUCAAACAAUAGACGAUCGUGGGGAAAUUGAAGCAGGCCAACAACACUCUGAUGAAGGAACUCAAUGAUCAUUUUAAAACGAUAUAUUCAAGCAAUUUGAUCAGCAUUCUUGUUGUAUACAAUUACUUCAUGUUCGUUAAUAUAGAUUUUCAAACUAUUGUAAAUUAUGACUCAACUUCACUCUUGAUUGUCUUCUCUGCCUAUUCUAGUUUUGUUUAAAUUUCAUAAGCAAGACAGCUUGACAUCAGAGAUAAUUCUUUUAUUGUUCAACACAAAUAACAAAGAGCAUGGCACAUUUCAAAACUGCCUCUUGUAACAGGUUGCAAAGAGGGACAAAAAUGUGAUAAAUCAAAUUGUAUUAAGAAUUACCAAAAUACCAUCUGCGAAAUAAAUGAUUUUGAAGGAGUCUCAAUAAAGACUUUUGCAGAAAUAUUACAGACAAUCGUGCAAAAUCUUUCUUAUUACGUGAUAUAACUCUGGCUUUAUGCAACAAUAUAUGAUAAUAACAGUCGAUUCAGCGACAUAGUAAUUAGACGCCUGUCUUUUAAAAUACAACAGAAUUUUUAAGUUUUCAGGUAUAUAAUUAUGCUGAUCCUAUUCCUCUUUUCUGUGUAAUAUAAUUCUUAAUUUUCCAUUUAGCAUAGUUGUUAUAUUAGUUCUUUGUUUCAUUUGUUGAUUGUACAUACAUAUAAGCAUAUACAGGUACUUUAAAAGCCAAUUCCCAGCGUUAUACCAAUGUACCAAAAAGUCUUUUUUAUUUUUUGUUGUAAGAAAAAAUGUUAUUCCUACAUUCUAGGAUUUGACUGUUUGUUGUAAUCUGUCAUUUAAAAUGUUCAGUUGAUAGUUUGUUCUUGCUGACAGCUAUAUAUAUCUACAAAGAUAUAUGAUGCAGGUAUGGUUGUAAUAAAAUGAUAAUUUUGUU